AUGUAUUCUUCGCCUGUGCAGCUAUCACAGUUUGAUCCGCAAGGUUUGAAAAUAUGCUACGUGACUGUAGAAUUGGAUAGACAGAGAGUCACAGUAGUUGAUACAAAUGGACAAAAUGAGCAGAGUAUGCUGUUGGAUAAAUCCUCAUUACAAGUCGAUUGUGUCGAAUGGGCUCAAAUUGGUGAUGUCUCAUGUGUCUUGCUAGGUUUGAACGAGGGUGAAGUGUGGGUAUAUGCACCUGCUGCCAAUAGAAUAAUGGGAAAGAUGAUCACUGGUGAUUCUUUUCAAAUAAAAGAUUUGGCAAUCACAGGAGACUCUCACUGCUGGGCUGUCGAUAGUCAAGAUACUUUUUACAAGUUUGAAAUGGUUGAUUUUAGCCUGAGGGAAAAAUUCAAAGUGGAAAAUUGUGAACAGAUUAACAAAUUAUGUCUAUUGGACUCUGAAAAUUUACUAGUUGCAUCUCAUUCGGUUUCUAUGGUCCAUUUGCCAUCUAAGAGUGUUACCAGGACAUUUCCUGGACACGUUACACCCAUUACACAUUUACGAUUGGUUUCACAAGGGUUUUUCAUUACGGGUGCUCUUAAUGAUAGAUUUUUAAACGUUUACGACAUUGAAACUACAAUUACUAAAAGUGUUCUAGUGCUACAGUCUAAUUUAUCCCAAGUUUCCUUACAAGACGAUUCGUGUGUAGUGGCGACUACCGAGGAAGGUGAAGUAGAAGUUUUUGAAGAUCCUCUUGUGCCUGUGAAAGGUAACAAGAGAAGGGCAAACAGAUCUAAACAGUGCAAUAAACGUAUUUAUACCAACAGUGCUAGCAAUGGUGGUACCGCUUUCUACAAUGCACACCUCGCAGGAGAAAUAGUUCAGUUGUCAUGGUUUGAAAACGUUACAGUCCCAAGAUUUGCAUCCCUACAAUGGCGCCAAUUGCCAGCUGAUUACGAGUUUGAAAUCAAAAGUUUACAGAAAUCAUUGAAGAGUGCAACCAGUAAUGGAUUGCAUACUGCAGAACCUGCGGCCCCCACUUCAUACAAGGAAGGUAAUGCUAGCGUUACUUCUGGUGAUAAUUUUAGACAUGUUUCAGAUGCAAUUAGAGAUUGGGAGAAUGAAAUGGCAGAACUAGAACGUCUUAACGUACAACCACAUGCAGAGUCCUUGGCGGAUAGACUAGGCCAAAGAGCAAUCACUCAAGGUAAGCGCAAGGCUUGGACCACCCCUGGUACAGUUACGGUUUUACUAUCGCAAGCAUUACAGUCCAAUGAUCAUUCAUUGCUAGAAACCGCACUAAACAACAAGGAUGAAAGAAUGAUUAGAGAUACAGUCAGCAGAUUACGUCCACCACUGGCGGUCCUUCUGCUAGAGAGAUUGGCCGAUCGUAUCGCCAGACAAUCUCAUCGUCAACAACAACUAAACAUUUGGGUUAAAUGGACACUGGUCAUUCAUGGUGGGUACCUAGUUUCCAUCCCCAACUUAAUGUCCUCGUUGUCCUCUCUACACUCAACUUUAAAGAGACGCUCAAAUCUUCUCCCCAGGCUAUUGGUACUCGAGACAAGAAUCGAAUCAACCUUAAACACGCUGCAUCAAGAAGAUGAAAACUUGGAGCCGCUAGGUGACUCUGAUGAAGAUGAACAAGACGUAGAGUACAACGAAGAGAGAGAAGACGCUCUUAUGGAAGAUGGUGAAGCAGAUGAAGAUGAAAGCGAGGAUGAAGAAGAAGAUGAAGAGGAGUAUGAGCAAGAUGAAGAGGAGCUUCCGGAUGGGAUAUCGCAAGAGUCCAUACAAGUAGAGUAG